AUGACUUCCAAUAUCCAACUUUCUCCUACAUCUGUGGGCAUUUUCAAGGCUUCCGAUAUUGCCCCAGGUUCGAUAGAGAAGUGUAACACCCUUCUGGAUAUCAACCAUGAAAAGUACCACAUCUUUUUUCAGGACCCGGCAUUCCAUAAUCAUAUGGCACAUAGUCUCCUCACCAACCUCUCCUUGGGCGCUACACCGGAGGAGCUUGAAGAUCGGUUUAACGAUCUUGUUCCAAUCCAGCGAGAGAUCCCUGAAAUUGACCAUGUCUUGCUGAAAGAGCUGGGAGACCCUGAGGUCUUUUACAACGCGAUCGGUCAAAUACAUCAGUAUCACACCUUUCUCGAGUUUUUUGAAGGACAAAUUUCGGCCAAAGGAUGGAAGCAAGUCUUGCAAGAUUAUCUCUUUGCCCGCACAAAGCUAGCGAACCGAAUGCUCGCGCAACUUUUGGAGGGUGUUUACCAUCCUCUCAUCCACCUGGGCUUUGGAGUGGAGUUCGAGCAACCAGCAAUUAUCGCCGAAUCACUUGCUCAAGCUGCCUCACACGACAGGAUGAAUAUCGAAGACCUGUUUUUCGAAGCAGAGGCUCUCGCCAAUGAAACCAAGGCGCAACAGACUGGGAAGCCAAAGCCACUCAUCGAACUGCUCUCCGAGGUGCGCGCCAACGAGGCUAUCCGUAAUGGGCCUCGCUGGUCUGACCUCGGGGGAAAGAUGAAGAAUGGUGUCAUAGGUCGUGCUGGAGGAGCGUUGGCCAACAUUGCCGCCCAGUUCUUUAUUUGUGAUCAUGUUUAUGAGGACCUUGAGAGACGAACUGCCGAGAUGAUUAGUGUCUGCGCGUAUCUCGUGGGCUCCGUGCUACGUGAAGACCGGAAAAGAAAACUCGACUUUUUCAUCAUGCAUGCCGUCAAUAGCAGCAUUUUCUGUACUGUCUUGAUCCGCCAAGACUGGAUCAAACUGGAAGACAAGAUAAGAUUGGUUGAAUGGAAAGGGAGAUUGGACCUGGCUUGGUACGCGGCGGAAGGGUGUCCCCCGCUGAACGAUGUAGCAAUCUCUAGCUACACGGGCAGCAGUGAAAUGUCUUGGCAAGAGGUAUUUAGCGCUGCUAGGAGGGAGUGCGACGAUGGACAUGUGUCUAAGAUUGUUCGGGCGCUCAAGCAUGGGGAGAAUGAGACAGGGAUUUACGAGGGUGGAGAAUGGAGCAACUACUUUCCCAUGAAGGAUGAUAUGUGGCUUCAGUUGGCCAGGAUCUGCUUAGAUACGACAAGAAGUCUGCCGUGGGAGGCCAAGUGGGUAUGGUUUGCGGGAUUCAAUGAGGCAUGGCAGCGUCCGGAUCUUCAGGUUUAG